AUGGAGGUGGUGUGGGCCAUGAUGGAGCAGCUGGGCCACACCAGGGUCCUGAGGUCCUCCUGCACACCUCCAGACAGCUCUGCCCCGCCCUCCUGCCCGCAGCAUCCGGACCCCAGCGCGCACGGGAACUGGGUGAGCAGCACCUCCCUGCUCUGCUACGGGCAGAUGGCCCUGCACGCCGGUGGCCAGAUCCUGCCCUGGGUGGACAACAUCAUCUCCAGGAUGGUGUACUACUACUCCCGCAGCAGCCACGACACGGCCCUGAACAGGAGCUUCCUUUCGGCGGCUGCCAUGCUCACGAAGGUGCUCAGGUGGGAGAGCAGCACCCAGAGCUACAAGUUCACUCAGAUUCCAGAGCUGAUCCAAGGUCUGCUGUGCACCCUUCAGGAGGAGCCCAACUGCCUGGCCACCCUCUUCCGGCCCAAGGUCAUCUCGGUCAUUGCAGGGCUCAGCAGCCUGAGGCCCAGCCUCAAGCCCAUGGUCAAGUCCAGGAUCCUGCAGACCUGCUUCCAGAGCCUGUACCAGCUCCCACCCAUGGAGACAAUGAAGAGAUGCUCACCUUCACUAGAGUCGGCCCCAGACGUGCUGUACCAGAAGUCCACGGAGGCACUCAACCUGCUUCUCCAGACCUUCAUUUCUGAGAACAAGAGCAUGGACGAGGUCUGCUUCCUGCUGCAGCACACAGAGCCCUGGCUGAAGUCGGACCAGAGCCACGAGCGCCAGCGCGCGGUGCAGUCCAUCUUCUUGCUUCUGAAGUGCAUGGUGGACUACAUGGGGCUCACGGAGGACGCCACGCCCUCCAUGCUGGGUCACCAGGUGGGCCUGCUGAUGCUGCUAUGGCGAGACAAGGACGAGGCCACCAAGAACCACUCCUGCCAGUGUGUCUGCCUCCUCCUCCAGCUCCUACUCCGGCAGAAAGGGAGCCUGAAAGAGUUCACGUAUCUAAAUAAAAUGAAGAAUUCUGAAGCAAGGACCCUCAGAGAAUCGGAGAUGAAGUUCUACCAUUUGGUGCAGGCCCUGGAUGAGAACCUGACUGUGGCCCAGCACACGAUGCUCAUCCUCACCCUCCUGCAUGGGCUCUGCAGCCCCAACCACGUGUGCUGCGACCUGGCUUCUCACCUCCUCCUGAUGGUCUUUGAGGACGGCAGUGUCAAGGCGGAGCAGAUGGCUGAGAUCCUGCAGGGCCUGUUCCGGGAGAUACCCUGCAUCAUCUUCAAGGACAUCCUGCAGACCGUGAUGAAGGCGGUAACAGUGUUGGGGACCCAGCACACCCAGGAGACAGUUGAGGUGAUGCUGUCCCUGUGCCACCCCUCAGAGAGGCAGGUGGUACCCCUGUGGAAGGCCCUGGCCAGCAACAACCAGCUGGCCCGCAAGGUCAUCACCCUGCUGUAUGUGAAGCUGAAGCUGCGGCCGCCCCAGCUGCUCAUCAGGCUGUCGGAGCAGGUGGAGCUUGUGUCAGUGCUGGCCCUGGACACUAUUUACGAACUCCUCUACAUCAAAGAGUACAAGGCCAUAGUGCGCUGGGCCUUUGCGGGGAUCCUUCUGGGCCUGCUCACGCAGCUGUACUACCUGUUUGAGCUGGGCAUGGUCAAGGACGCGGCAGACUCCCAGGAGGACGUCCUGGACAUGAAGCGCCUGGGCCCCUGCAGCACAUGCCUGGAGGCCCUGAAGGGUCUCUUCUGGACCACCAACUACUGGGAGGUGUUCGCCUACCUCAAGUUGCAGAGGGGCUGGGAGCUCUUUGAGCACCUGGAAACCUACACAGAGGGGGUGACUCUCUUGGCCAGGGCCAUGGUGCACUAUGACUGUGAGAUCAAGGCCACCCUGGGGCAGGCAAUCAUCGCCCUGAAGAGCUCUGAGGAACGAGAGAACAUCGUGGCCAUCCUCAUCAUCACAGAGUUUCUCAACAGUCAAGAGGUCACCCAGUACAUGUCUCGGAAAGCCAUACACAGCAUCCUGAGCCUGGGCCUGAGCAACUCCAACCAGAUGGUGCGGGCCAUGAGCCUGAUGGGGCUCGGCAGCAUCCUGAUGGAGCCUCAGAAGGUGGUCCUGCUCCGGAACAGGCUGGCCGGGCUCCUGGACAGCUUCCAGAAGCCCGAGCCCAAGAGCCUCGUGGGCCUGAUGGAGAUCGUGGGCGACAUCCUGCACUGCCUGGGCCACAACGGCAUCGGCGCCGUCAGCCUCAAGAUCGCCCAGCUCCUGCUGCCGCUCUUCGAGGACGAGCAGGAAGACGUGCGUGGAGGAGCCAUCUCCCUGUACGGAGACGUCAUCCACAGCGGUGGCAGGAAGUUCCAGCAGGGGCUCAAGAGCCACGCCUUCCAGUCCCUGGUGCCGCUGCUCCUCCACCUGGCUGACUCCUGCCCCGAAGUGGUCAUGAAGACCAAGCUCACCUUCCUGCGCUGCGCCAUCUUGCUCAAGUGGGAGUUCCGGAAGCAGCUGUUCAGCAAGUUGGCGUGGGGCCAAGGCCUGGGUGCUGAAAAUGAUAUUUUUAUGUGCAUGGUGGAGAGCAACUUCGGCAGGUGUCACCAGUUUCUCAUGCAGGCCUCUGUCUACCUGAGGAGCCCCCACAAGAACCUGAAGCUGACGGCCAUGAAGUUCAUCGGGGGCAUCCUGCAGGACUACUUCACCAACCUCUGCUUCUACUUGAAGAAGGGCGACGUGAAGUUCUUCAGGAAACAGUUCGAGGUGCUCAGGCAGGAGCAGGACUCCGCCUGCCGCCGGUUCUACAGGAGCUUCCUGGACGACGUCACGGAGCUGUACCAAUACUCGGUCCAGUGA